GUGUAAUCCGCUGAAUUUGGCAGGGGGAGGAAGAGGAAGAAGAUGGAAGGGAAUAAAGACGAAGCAGAAAAAUGUAUCCUAAUAGCAAGGAAAGCUCUCGAAGCUGGCGACAAAGAAAAGGCAUUGAAGUUUUUAAAUAAAGCAGAGAAGCUGUAUCCUACUGAUAAAGCAAAAGUACUGCUGGAUGCACUGACAAUGAAUGGAAACUCUGCUGGGAGUGGUGCUUACUGCCGGAAGCCCACAGACAUCACCGCUGGAGACAAUUCAGAGAAGGACAGCACCAAAGAGACUGCAAAAAGCUUCACUAAGGACCAGGUGGAGGGAGUACAAAGGAUAAAGAAAUGCAAAAACUAUUAUGAAGUGCUGGGUGUCACUAAAGAGGCCAACGAGGAGGAGCUGAAGAAAGCUUACAGAAAGCUUGCACUGAAAUUCCACCCCGAUAAAAACCGUGCACCAGGAGCAACGGAUGCAUUCAAAAAGAUUGGAAAUGCAUACGCAGUGCUAAGUAACUCAGAAAAGCGAAAGCAGUAUGACCUGACGGGGGGAGAAGAUGCCACGUGCAGUCCCCAGGGCCGGGCAGGAUUCGACUUCCACAGGGGCUUUGAGGCAGACGUCACGCCAGAGGACCUGUUUAACAUGUUCUUCGGAGGGGGGUUCCCUUCAAAUAGCGCAAGUACAUUUACAAAUGGCAGAGCCAGAUACAGCCCUCAAUAUCAGAAUCAAACCAGACGAGAGAGGCAGGAGGACAGGGCUGAUGGUGGGUUUUCAAUGUUUAUUCAACUUAUGCCCAUUGUACUUCUGAUUCUAGUGUCUGUUUUAAGCCAGUUGAUGGUCUCAACACCACCUUACAGCCUAUAUCCCAGACCGGCAACCGGUCAGACCAUUAAACGGCAGACAGAAAACCUGAUCGUAGAUUAUUACGUCUCAAAAGAUUUCAGAUCGGAGUAUAAGGGGUCAGCACUACAAAAAAUUGAAAAGAGUGUGGAGGAGGAUUAUGUUUCCACUAUCAGAAAUAAUUGCUGGAAAGAACGGCAAACAAAAACAGACUUGCUGUAUGCAGCCAAAGUGUACCGAGACGAGCGGCUGCGAAGGAAGGCUGACAUGAUGACCAUGGACAACUGCAAAGAGUUAGACCGGCUAAAUGAUCUGUUUCGGGGCGGUUGAUCAGUCUGUCCUCCCCCAUUUAAUGUUAUCAAAAUACUUUCUUUAUUUUGAAUAGCCUUACUGUGGAAAUCAUUGAAACCACCCCUAAAAAUGCCUUGUUGCAUCUUUUAUUGACCAAAAAAAGAGAGGCUAAUGUGCACCAAUGCUUUUUCCUCUCAGAAGCCUUCAACUGGAAAGCAGAGCAUUAUAGGAGAUAAUGAAACACUGUACUAGGCUUGACUUGGUACGGCACUAUGUGUCUGUAGUAAUCAGCUUUGUGCAUUCUUUAUCAUUUAGGCAAACAUAUUCUUUAUUUUAUCAUUUAAGACACACUGAUGCUUAAUUUAAGUAAUAAAUCUGUUCUUUUUAAAUCAACCCAUUAUAAUAUUACUCUUUUAAUGAUUUGAACAACUUUUUUUAAUCAUUUGUUUGUGAUUUUUUGUUUUUAAACUCUGAUACACCUGUAAGUACAGAAGAAAAUACUUUAAAUAUAGAUGGAGAACUGUUAUAAUAAUAUAUUAUUGUCUGCUAUUUCUGUAUAUAAGAUCUGUUUCAGUUUUCUGCUUACCUACAGUACUGUAAAGUUAUUCUUUGCUUUCAGAAUUUUAAUAAUGACUAAUUUAACUGAGAAAUAAAUAUGUACUUUGUUUACUGUGCUCAGAUUA